CUGAGUUUAUCCACUGAAAGCUCCAAACCCCUAAUGUAAGCAGGAGCCAGCUGUGUGCACUUGUAAAGUUGUUAUAAUCCUCCAUUGACCUAUAAACAGGAAAAUACAUAAUAUAAAGCAUCAUGCUCACACACACAAAUAACACAGGAUUCGUGUUUGUCCUUGUAAGGCAGCGCAGUCCUGCAGCGUCUCACAGGAACAUAAAACACUGUCAUGUCACACGAGGGUUUCUGAGAUCAGAUUAACAUGUGAUGUAUCCGUGUGUUUGCAGAAAAUCAAGCGUGAAUCGUCAGGAAUUUAUUUGGGAAACAUUUCAUCAAACAUGUUGAUUCAGGCGACGACCACCCAGGCCUGAAGCGAGCGAUUCAGAGCCACAGAUAGUGAAACAGGUCGACCCAUCCGUGACGGGCAGGGAUGGAAAGAGACAAGCAGCUCGAAACGAGACUCCCAGCAUGCCCCUCUCAGUGUUUGCUUGUUCUCUCUGUGUGAGCGACUCUCCGCGUCAGGGGUGGACGUGAUAUUUCAAACAGCACAUCAGUGAGUUUAUGUAUUGGGUGCCCGGAAAUUUUUCCAAAUAAACACAGCUUGAUUCUCUGUGGGUGGGCGAACUUAUCAAGCGACUAAUUCUAUAAACACACGAGGGCAGAACACGCCACCUGAUUGGCUGCUGGGCGGAGGAGGAGGAGGGGGGGUGGUGCACCGGGGAGUUUCAGCGCAAUGAAAUUUUAAUUAAUGUGGGUGGGCUGAGAACCACAGUGUUUAUGAUGGACGAUUUAUUCCCCGGUGCAAAGUCAACAUAACACAGCAAACGCACCGCAAUUAUUAACAUUUUCCUGGGGCCUCAUGAGGCCGGAGAGUCAGUCAGUGGAGGAGAGGAGCUCCGGGAGCAGGCUCCACUUUCCCCGGGACACAUCCCAGCCUCCUCGGCGUCAUGGCUCUGUACCACGGCCGCCUGCAGCCGCUCGGAGUGCCGGCCUCGGCUCUGAGCCUCUCCGCCCCCCCGCUCAUCUACCUGUACGGGCGGGACAGUGGAGGCGUCGUGCCCGCCGCCCUGAGCUUCGUGUCCGGUCAGGAGCCUCCGCAGAAGCCGCCCUACAGCUACAUCGCGCUCAUCGCCAUGGCCAUCAAGAGCGCACCGGAGCAGCGCGCAACGCUCAGCGGCAUCUACCAGUUCAUCAUGGACCGGUUCCCGUUCUAUCACGACAACAAGCAGGGCUGGCAGAACUCCAUCCGACACAACCUGUCCCUGAACGACUGCUUCAUCAAGGUGCCCAGAGAGAAGGGCCGGCCGGGCAAGGGCAGCUACUGGACGCUGGACACCAAGUGUCUGGAUAUGUUUGAGAACGGGAACUACCGGCGGAGGAAGAGGAAGGCGAAGAGUCACCAGGAGGCUUUGGACUCCAGAGCCGCUGGACACAAGCGCACCAAGGGCCCGGGGCCACCCAGGGCCCCUCAGACCUCCAUGAAACAUCACACUGGCUCGGAGAUGACAAAGGCACCAGCGAGGCAGGAGGCGGAGAGGAUGGAGACUCAAGCAGACACGAAGUCUGUUCUGGUCGAGAUUAACCAGGCGGAGCCGCCACAGAGUCCCCUGCACAGACUGAGAGUUCUCCCCGGUUCAUCCACCGACAGGAGGCUGGAACCGCAGCCCGAGCCGUGUCCCGCUCCGAGACACGCUGCUUUGUGGAUGGACGGCGCGCACCUCCUCGGCGCAUCCUUCCGCUGGGAGACAGAGGAGAGGAGGUUCGCGUUCAGCGGUAGAGAGAGAGACAGAGGUCCGCUGUGCGCCGUCAGCUGCGCAGGAAACACUAACUUGGCUGCACCUGCGCCGGAGAGUCCGAAAGGAAACGUUGCGAGCCGGGACAAAUCGAAAGGUUUUAGCAUCGACAGCAUCUUAUCGAAAAAUGACGGCGAUACGCGCGGCAGCCUCCUCGGUUUGUCCCCGGACACGUGCGCAGAGAACCCAGGUUUCAGUUCGUCUCUGGUCCUCGGUGCUCGACCACAUCACUUGCACCAGAUGGGAUUCCCCCUCUCCUCUUACCUGUCACUCACCUACCCAGACAAAGUACUGCAUUUCAAAUGAGUACCACCAUGAAUCCAGACUCCAGUGUAUUUUACGCACGGACGCCUGAAGCUGUAAAGUCUUUAAAGCUUUACCUGCUUCGUCCCAAUGAGACAUGUUCCUCCACGUCUUCUUAUUUCAGGACCUCUGCCACCUUCUUCAUCCACAGAAACGAUCAGACAACGACAGGGAGCAGCCGGAAGGCUUUUAAAUUCAUCUUUACGCAUGCGUAAUUGUCAGGACUGUGGUUAUAUUGCACACACCUUCCCCCAAAAUACUGCCUGAUAAGUUUAUAAUGAUCCUGUCAAUGUCGUGAGAAUAUUUAGGGAAAGCUGAACUUUUUUUUACUUCAUACAUGACGAUGAAAUGAUGUGUUCACCCAAAGAGGACAGAUUGUAGUGUCUCUUGAACUCUGGACGAAUUGUACAACAUGAGAAUGAAGUUUUACACUCAGUGAUGUAAUCCAAGAUAUUUUACAUUCCACACUGCUCUGAAGUUCUUGUGCAAAUAAAGUUUAGUUUGGUA